UCCGAGUGCGCACGGAACAGCCCCGUCCAGGGCUGGAUCAGGCCCGGAAAUCCCAGCCUGCCCCCAGUGGGAUCGGGGCUGCGGCGCUGGGCAGGAUGCGGGGCAAGGACGAUGAGUACGAUUUCCUCUUCAAAGUUGUGCUCAUUGGGGACUCUGGGGUGGGGAAGAGCAACCUCCUCUCGCGCUUCACCCGCAACGAGUUCAACCUGGAGAGCAAGAGCACCAUCGGCGUGGAGUUUGCCACCAGGAGCAUCCAAGUGGAGAACAAGACGGUGAAGGCUCAGAUCUGGGAUACGGCCGGGCAGGAGCGGUACCGCGCCAUCACCUCCGCCUAUUACCGUGGGGCCGUGGGGGCUCUGCUCGUCUACGACAUCGCCAAGUACCUGACGUACGAGAACGCCGAGCGGUGGCUGAAGGAGCUGCAGGACCACGCCGAUGCCAACAUCGUCAUCAUGCUGGUGGGCAACAAGAGCGACCUGCGGCACCUCCGCGCCGUGCCCACCGAUGAGGCCAAGAGCUUUGCAGAGAAGAAUGGGUUGUCCUUCCUGGAGACGUCUGCUCUGGACUCCACCAACGUGGAGACGGCGUUCCAUACCAUCCUCACGGAGAUUUACCGCAUCGUGUCCCAGCGGCAGAUCCCGGGGCAACCGGAGCCCGAGUUCGGCCCCAGCACCAGCAUCGAGCCCAUCCGGGUGCUGCCCACGCAGCAGGAGGGCAGGCAAGGACCCUGCUGCCAGAACAUCUGAGCACCCCCAAGAGCACCCACCAAGCGAUGGCAUCACCUUUAUCACCCUCUACCUCUGCUCGCUGCAGCUCCCUCCGGACGCAGCGGCUGCUUCUGCAUCGCUGCCCUUGCGUGCACCAUCGCGCUCGCCCUGUGUUUAUGUAGGACCUCCACAAAUAGCAGGGGGAAAACCCCACCAGGGUCUCUCCCUUCUCUCCCUCGUUGUUUGGGACCUGGCAUCUCUUUGUGUCCCUGCUUCCUCUAGCCCUGAAGGCACUGCCAUGGGGUGACUCAGGGUGGCACUGAGUAAGCGCAAGCAUCCAUGGGUGCAGCCCUUCAGGGCAGGGUGGGGAGGGGGACAUUGGGUGCACCCUUCUUUGGGUUGCACCCAGCCCUGCCCCUUCCGCGUCAAGGGCUGGGUGAGCCUCUGGGUGCUGGUGGGGCAGCCGUGGGGCACCCCGGUGCGGGCAGGUAGGGACAGGACAAGGGGAAUGGCUUGAACCUGCCGGAGGGGAGAUGGAGAUGAGCUCGGAGGUGGUUCCAUGAUUCUAGGAUCCCUUCCGCUGGGGACAUCUCCUUUCGGGGAGCCCUAAGGGGGGUGCCAAGGGGAUGCUGUGGGUGGGCAGGGGUCCCCCUGCAUGGCCAGAGCCAGCACAUGGGACCCCUCAGCUCUGCCUGCCCGGAGGCACGAUCCUGCCCCACUCAAAGCGCCAUCAGUGGUGGGGCUGGUGACAACCGGGCUGCCACUAGAUGGAGCGGGUGCUGCACCCAUGGGUGCCGAUGGCCCCAGCCCCUGCCUGCCGUGGCCCCAGCUUCACUCCCUAUUCCCCAUAGUGCUGGGUGCGUGUCCCCAUCCCAGCGCAGGGUCCGGGGGUCUCUGUCUCUCCGUGGCU